UUUUAGAUAUUCAAGAACAUAAUUCUACUCUUAGCCGUCAUCUUCUUCCUCUUUUGAAACCCUAAUUAUAAAGACACUCGUAAAAAUGAAACCUCCCCAUGUGGCCAUUGUCCCAAGUCCAGGUAUGGGUCAUCUCAUUCCCCUCGUUGAGCUAGCCAAACGACUUGUCGUCCACCACCACUUCAGCGUCACCUUUUUCAUCCCCAGCGAUGAUGGAUCAAACUUGACACCCCAAAGAAAAGUUCUGGAUACCUUGCCCCAAACCAUAUCAUCCACCUUUCUCCCUCCCGUAAACUUUGACGACCUCCCUAAGGACAUUAAGCACUUAACCAGAAUCGCUCUCACCAUGACUCGGUCCCUCCCUGCUCUUCGUGACUCGAUCAAGGCCCUAGCCGAGUCGACUCGGCUGGUUGCCCUAGUGGUUGAUCUUUUUGGUUGCGAUGCUUUUGAUAUGGCUAAGGAAUUUGAUGUGCUUCCCUACAUUUUUUACCCUACAAAUGCUAUGGUAUUGUGGUUUCAGUUUGAAUUGCCAAAGCUCGAUCAGACCAUUUCUUGUGAGUACAGAGAUUUGCUUGAACCGGUCAAACUCCCGGGAUGUGUGCCGAUGCACGGUAAAAAUUUGUUAGAUUCGGUUCAAGAUAGGACCAACCAAGCCUACAAAGUGCUUAUUGACGUUUCUAAGAGGUACAAGUCGGCUGUUGGGAUCAUGAUCAAUAGCUUUGUGGAUUUGCAACCGAGUGCUUUCAAGGCUUUCAAAGAACAAGGACAAGGUCUUGGCCUUCCACCAAUUUACCCAGUCGGCCCGAUAACAGAGAUCGGCUCGACCAAUGGGAAUGAUUGUUUGAGCUGGUUAGAUAGGCAGCCUAAUGGAUCAGUGUUGUUUAUUUCAUUUGGGAGUGGUGGCACCAUCUCAAGUGCACAAAUGAAUGAGUUGGCACUAGGUCUUGAAAAGAGUAGGGUGAGAUUUCUUUGGAAUUUCAAGUGUCCAAAUGAGACAUCAAAGAAUGCAGCAUAUUUUGGUGUUCAAAGUUCGAAUGAUCUUUUAUUUUUUCUACCCCGAGGGUUUUUGGAGAGAACCAAAGACGUAGGGUUAGUAGUGCCCUCAUGGGCUCCUCAGGUCCCAAUUUUAAGUCAUGGCUCGACCGGCGGGUUUUUGACCCAUUGUGGGUGGAACUCAACGCUAGAAAGCAUUGUACAUGGUGUGCCUUUAAUUGCUUGGCCACUCUAUGCAGAUCAACGAAUGAAUGCAGUGUUGCUAGCUCAAGAUUUGAAGGUGGCGUGGAGGGUUAAAAUGAAUGAUAAGGGCAUUGUGGAGAGUGAAGACAUCGCCAAAUAUGCAAAGGGCCUAAUUGAAGGAGAAGAAGGGAAAGUGCUCAAAAAGAGGAUGAUAGAGCUAAAAGAGGCAUCCCAAGUGGCUUUGAGCCAAGAUGGGUCUUCUACGAAAUCACUUGCGGAGGUAGCUCAGAUAUGGAAGGAUCACAAGAACCAGUUAAUUAAUCCAACCUGUUUGAUGAUUGCUUAAUUGGAUUUAGAGAUUGAAUAUGGUUGAUAUCUUCAAUGUGAUUUCAUUGUCCUGAUAGGCAUGCACGUUGUUUGGUAUCAGAUUGCAACGAUUAAUUAAUACAUCAUUCAAAGAGAAAUCUGAAGUUUGAUCCUCAUCAGUACGUAACACGAAAAAAUUGCGCCUACUAGUACAAUUCAUAAUUAUUGUGUUGAUACAACAACAAACGAGUGUCGAUUACGAUGUCUUCCUUUAUUAGGCUCAAUCUAAUUUUGAUAAACUCAAAUCAGUUGGUGG